UUUUGUAUAAUAUUGUGUCAAUAAUUGAAUGUGUAUAAACACUAUAAACUAUAAAUUAUGUUUAAUACAAUUUUAACAAUUUUACAAUACAUUUUGGAAAUUUACUGAGAAUACUAUAAUAGUUUUGUACUCUUGUCUUAAAGCGAUCGUAUCAUAGAACAACGCGUAGCGUUUCUAUCACUGUGCACUGCUUUGUCUCACCACCGAAAAAAAAGUAAAUAAACAGAAAUAACUGCACGCGAGUGAUCGUUCUAUUUAGAUAAGGUAUAUAUGGAACGUUAAAUCGGCUAUUAUCUAUAAUUAUUGUCCAUCAGAGACGUCCUAAAAUACUUAUAUAUAUAUAUAUUGGUAAGUAUAUAUGAUGAGAAAACGCCUAGCGGUCGAUCAAUUCGAUUUUGUCACAUCACAACCGUUCCGGCUCGCCCCACAGUAGUUAUAACGGCUAGAUUGACGGACUCGUUGGACACCAGAUAUAAAAGACGAGGACCUCGGAGAUAUAUUGUCGUUUCCUCCAUUAGUGGUUUGGCGGUCGGAGCAAACCGAUGUUAUUUUGUCGUUCCCAAUUUCGGUUGAUGCACACGCAAAACAAAACUUAGUUAUAGGCACAUCGCAGUUAGUCGUUAUUAUCGGUAUCUAUCUACAACAUUGUGAAGUACAUGCGACAGCAGAUGUUUAGUCUUCGCCAGCGAUUUUGCAAGACGAUUUUCAAACAUGAAACGAUUUUACGCGUUGUACGCAGUUGUUGUACCAAUCACUGCAGGACUCAUGCUGAUGUGGCCAGUGGACGACGUCUUUACCGCCGACGCCAAUGCCCCGCCGGCAGCCACCGCCACCAUCUCCUCGGCCGUGGCCAGCGCUUCCUCUGCCAUCGCCACCGCGUCUUCGGCAAUCGCCACCGCCUCGUCGGCCAUUGCCACCGCGUCAUCGGCCAUCGCUACCGCCUCGUCAGUCAUCGCUACAACUGACCCAUUGGCCGCCGUAGUAGACACGAUUGCUUGUGACAACGAUACCGCCAAACUGUGCAACACCACGGCCGCCUCCACUUCCAGUACUUCUGGCACUUCCGCCGGAAGUGGGCACGACGGUGAUUGUAGCACGGUCGCUUCUGCGGGUCUAAGACUCGGACACGGUGCGGACGAGUCGCCGGAUGCGCGGGUUAACGACGAUCACGGACGAACGGGCCGAAUCGCCGUUGUUCGACCGAGGACCGGCGGCAUGAAAAUGAUUGAAAAAAUCAUAUUGACUGCUGUGAGCAUGUUUUUCGAAAAACUAGAAUUGGCCGUGUACAUGUCUCUGUACAAACUCAAAGUUCUCUACACCACUUUAAUAUCGCCGGUGUUACAUAGUUUUUAGCCGGCCGUGUUCAUAAUACAGCAUCUUAUUCGUUAUAAUCAUAUAUUUUCGUCAUCUAUAAAUCAUAAUAUACCUGUAAUGAAUGUUGAAAAAUAUUUAUAAAAAAUAAUAAACCAUACUGUGACGUGCAAUUAUCUAUAAGUUUUAUCAACCAGCACCGUAAAAAACUACUGCAAUGUGCAACAUUAUUUUUAUAUACAACUGGGAAGGAACAUAUGUAUGUAUAAUGUAUACGCUCGUUCCUGUCCCAUUCUCAACGUUGAACGACACAAACUACGCACGCCUAUGACGUAGUGUGGCUAUAUUACCUAGUGUUAUAUACAUAAUAUGUAAUAAUAAAAACACCUGCUGUUGCGAAUAUUUUAAU